GGCACGCGAAGAAAAAAAGCUAAUAAAAAAAAAUUACCAAAUCUCCACAAGCAGGAUUCUAGGCGGCAACAAAAAGGCGAAAUUUUCCGGAAAUUCGGACGCUUCCAGUGGAAAUUCGACCCUACGAACAGCGUUGGCCAUCCGGUGCACCUGGAGCAAUAGCAUUUCGCCGCGGGAGCAUUCUCCGUAAAAGAAAGUAUUCAAACGACAUUCACCGUUAUUGAAAACCCAGCAGCGACAGUAGCACCAUGAGUAACAAGAAAACAGCAGCGGCGGCGGCGGCAUCGGCCAAGAACGAAACCCCCGUAGAAGACGAGUUCUCCGUGGAGAAAAUUCUGGAUCGACGAGUGGUCAACGGCAAGGUCGAAUACUUCCUCAAAUGGAAGGGUUACUCAAACGAGGACAACACCUGGGAACCGGAGGAGAAUCUGGACUGUCCGGAUCUGAUUCAGGCGUUUGAGGAUGCACGCAAGAAGGGAAAAGAAAGCAAGGACGAAAGCACCAGCAGGAAGCCUGGCCGGAAAUCGACGGCCGCGGAUGAUGCGGCUAAAGCGCCCGCCGCCAAGAGAAAAUCGACUGCGUCAGAGGACAAAAAGAUUGGCUUCGACCGGGGACUGGAGCCGGAGGAAAUUCUGGGCGCAACCGAUCAUAACGGACAGCUGAUGUUCUUGAUGAAGUGGAAGGACGCGGCCAACGCAGACCUUGUGCCAGCCAAGCAGGCCAACGUCAAGUGUCCACAGAUCGUGAUCAAAUUCUACGAGUCGCGUCUAACCUGGCAAACAUCGGAGAAGAAAAAUGAUGCUAAGGACGAUUAUGCCUAAAUAGUAUAAAACACAAAAACACACCCCCAACUUAAUUGUAAGAGUAUCUAUUUUAAGUCAUCCCGUUUCCCCUUAAGAUUUGACACACAAACUGCGACACCGAUGAAAUGCUAGUUUCCUCGAAAUUUGGACGGAAUGCUUUUAUACACACACACAUUUAUACAAUUAACAUUGAAUUCGCUCUUUAGGCCAUCGCGCGAACAAUUUAGUAUCAGCCUCUUUAAAUAUUGCGAACAGUAAAGAAAGAAAACAUGUUAUUAUUUUUUGCCGAAAUUUACUAUUUGUUGUAUGAAAAUUAUACACUUUAUGUUGAAAAUGACGCCAAUAUGUUUCAAGAGACUUUGUCAAUAUUUUGUACCUUUCGGUUUUGACGGAUAUUCCCAAGACAAACAAAAUCAAGAUCAAAACUGUUUAUGCGCGUUUUCUCUGUGUUUUAUCUCGCUAAGUAGAGCGAUUCCUCGGUCCAAACAGACUGUGGGAUACAAAAAAUGAUGUUUGGUCAUCCCGAGUGGGGUGAUGCAGUAAGGGUAUUUUGUAACCGCCUGGUUUAAACAUUCUGAAAAUUCUGCUAUAAAGAAGAAAAAAAAAACAAAUCUGAACUAUGUGUAAGAAAGUGGACAUUUGAAUAAACUAGUAACCAAUAAAGUAAGGAAACCA